UUGACUGCUGGUUUAUAUUUGAAGUCUAAUGAGAGUAUUAAAAGUGGCAAACAAUUUAAUUAAUAUAUUGGUAUGCAUCUUAUAUUUUUACAUACUUAAAGAAUCUCCAAAUAUGACAAUUAUUAGUGUCCACAGUGCCACAAACUGUUUCCCAAAUACUGAGCAGUACUCAGUUCUGAGGAGUUUACUGUCUGAAGAGUCUGCAGAUACAGAGAAAAAUCAGUGAAAAUGAUUUGAUUGAUAGACACACAGAAUGUACUGGUUAAGCACAUUUAGACACACUUCCUUGUCAUCUUGUAAUAUUUCUUGAACUUUACAUAAGCAAGCAGUUUGGUAAGUAUUGGAGGGAAUAUUUAUCUGAGAUUUUUGGACAGAAGUAGCUGCUUAGGCACUGACUGGAAUUGCUUUGGCUUUCCAUUUUUUUAUUUUAUUUAGUAUUUUCAUGCCAAUUACAGUGUGUUAAUACAAUGUGGUUGCUCUUUGGCUACGCUGACCUCCACCUCUAACCUUCCAAUACCACUGAUUCCUUUGGGCCAUGGCUCAUCUAACCCUGAACAGCUUUGGGGAACCCAAAAGAUGGCACAACAAGAAACCCACCAGCCUCCAGAAGCUUUAACUCUUUGCAGUAGAAGAAGCUCAGAGUGACAGCAGAUGCCUCUUAAAUUAUAUACCUGUUCAACUCUCAAGGUGUGGAUGAUCAUGGGAGAACAACUGUUAAAGAACAGCAUCCUUGAUCAAUUUAUUAAUAGCCAUGAGCAGUCAUAUGAAGAGUUUCUAAAUACGUUCACAUAUCUUUUGGAAGAGAAAGAGGGGAAGAAAAUCCAGGGAAGUAAAGUGGACUCCUUAAGAAAAACUUGUUCUACCUCUGAAUUACCAAACAGAAAUAAACAGGAUGGCUCACCUGAAAGAAGCAAAGAAAUGUGGGUGUCAUUUCCACCAGAGAUGCCAAAUGAGAAUGAGGCAGUGAUGAGUGAGAGCUCGACAGCUGGUGUCUCUGAUACAAAUAAUCUCAGUCUGUCUGAAAGAGUGAAGGUGGACAAUUACUUAAACUUGGAAAAUGUAGACACAGAUGAAGAGACAUACAGUGCAGGGUCAUUAGUUCUCCCAGGAGAGGUGGAAGAGACGAUGACUUACUGUACACCCUUCUUUGAUAAGCCUGUUCAGCCGAAGCUCAGAGCGUGGUCAGUUCCCCAGCCAUCAGACAGCAAAGCCCAAGAGCUACUGGGCGAUGAUGUUCAACCAUUCUCACUUGAUGAAGAAUUUGAUUAUGACAACGUGGCACUGAUGCCUAAGUUCUCUGAAGCUGAGCUGAAGGCCAUUGUAGAGUUUUCUGAGGAGAAGAAAACGAGUAAAAUGUCAAAUCAGCAUGAGCUAAAGACUGAGUGAAAGGUGUCCUGUGCAGGGCUGUUGGAGUGAUCCUUUUUAUGGGACGAAUGUAGCUUCUCAUUGUACCCUUAUUUAGUGUUCUUAUCUGCACAGCCAGUAAAUGGCAUUCCUGAGAUUAGUUGUUUUUUCUGCCAAGGUGCCUUGGAGCCUGUAUUGGCUCAGGAUAGGUGUGCUGGAGUGACUUCUCCACAGGACCAAAACAACAAAACUGGUGGAUUUCAGAACAGCAUCAUGGCUACUCUUGCUUAUAUCUGGUCUUGACUCACUUCCUGAGUAGUACAAAGCUGGUCCUAAAGCUGCCUUUUACCUCCUUCUUUCAGUAAUGCAAUGAAGAGCUUUUUAGCAGCUGACAAAUCGGUCUAUGAACUCUUUCCUUUAAAUGUAUAGAGAUACAUGAGUGAAUAAAUCUGGGAAUAUUUUUUUUCUCUGUCUUUUGAGUUACUUCAGUUCUGCAAAAAAAUAAAUAUUCCUGUUUCCAACAAACUUUUUGUGUUGAUCAAAAUUGAUGUGGUACAACUCCUAAAAUUAAAACAGUAACUGCUCAAAAAAACCCCCUCUUCCACACAGAGGAAAAAAUAGCAAUCUCAUCCAUUAAAGGAAUUGGCAUUGAAAGGCUGUCAGAUUUUACAUUUUUUCACAGGAGAUGAUUCCAAAUAACAGCUUAUAGCUUACACUCUGCAUCACUGAAAUACAGCAAGCUGGAGUUGAGUAAAGGUCAGCUAUAUGGGUGGGAGAGAAGAGUGUGCAUCUCUGUGUCCUUCUCUUCAGAGUUUAGCAUCCUUUUUUUUCAGCUGACUGUAGAAGCUUUGCUAUUGAGGCUUGGUUUAACAUCACAAUGCUGCAUUGUAUUAUUGGUCAUUUUCUGGUAUAACUGCAUUCACUAAAGUUUACUGACCAGCA